CUGGCAGUCUUAGGUCCUGAUUUAGAUUAAGAUAGGUGUGCUAUAUAAAACAUCGGGAUGACAUUAUUGAAGCCUCAUUCGUUGCGCAUCGCCAAGAAAUUGCACUCAAGCAAAUCACAAUGGCGGACUUGAAAGAAAAGGAAAUCGAAAGUGCGAAACUAGCCUUUGAUAUCCAUGGGGAGGGCGAAACUUUGGACGGAGUGAAUUUGAACAAAUUUUUGUAUUGCCUAGACGUAAAUCCGAGUUUGGCCAGAUUGGAAAAAUUCGGUGUCACAAAAAAGCCUGGUGAAAAAAAGUUUAAAUUCGAUGAACUACUUCCAAUUUACAGCGAAUUGAAGAAGGAAAAGAAGGAUCAAGGGUGUUACGAAGACUUUAUCGAGUGUCUCAAAUUGUACGAUAAAAAUGAAAAUGGAAAAAUGGCAGCAGGGGAAUUGUCCCAUUCGUUACUAUCUCUAGGCGAAAAACUAACCGAUGCGGAGGUCGACGAACUGUUUGAAGACUGUCUUGAUGAAGAAGACGAUGAAGGCGAUAUUGAAUAUAUACCAUUCUUGAGACGCAUGUGCAGUUUGGACCCCCCUAUCAAGCCCAAGAAGAAGAAGUAAAAUGACUUACUGAGAAAAUUACAAAUUAUGUUAAACUAACGUUAUUAAGAAUAAAAUAUGCAACAAAA